AUGGCCGAGUUCUUCGCCGUCUGGAAGGCCCUCGAGCGUGCCAGCUGUUUCACCCGUGUGGCUACCAACUACCUCGCGAUGUCGAAGGCGAUCCGCAAGUGGUUGGCCCAGUGCACGGAGAAGUUCAGCAUCAUCCCGCGCCUGGCGAACAUCUUCGACUCCACGGUCUCCAGGCGGGUGGCCGUAACCCGCUUCGUGGACUACGCCCCGCUCGUGUUCCAGAGGAUCCGCGCGGGCUUCGGCAUCCGCCACGAGGACUACCUGAAGUCCGUGGGGCCCGAGCAGCUGCUCGGCAACAUGAUCCUCGGCAACCUGUCCUCCCUCUCGGAGCUCUCCUCCGAGGGGAAGAGCGGUGCAUUCUUCUACUACACCGCUGACGGAAAGUACAUGAUGAAGACAGUGACGCCCAAGGAUUUCCCGCUUGCGAUUUGCAUUCACAUUUCGUGCAGAGGCUCGGUCGGCUUUGCAUGCUUUCUUGCAACGCGCCCAGUGCAGUUCGCCAUGUUGGGGUAUAGCUCCUGUGCUGGCACUUUGCCGCAGCGCAAGACCCUUGUGAUGUCAGACCAGUGGGUCGUCUGCCUUAACGUUGCAUGCCU